AUGGAAAAACAAAGGUUCUCGCUGCUGUUGCUAGAACCGAGCGAAAUCUACUUCGAAGACUUUUCGGUGGACAUAGUGCGGGAGGAGAUGGCCACGCAUCUGGACACCGAGUUUCAGAUGGGUGGUCGGCUGAAGAUGUGCUCCAAGUCGCUGGUGUUCGAAGCGAAAGGCAGCACCAGCGUACCACUGCUAAAGAUCAUGUAUAAAGACUGUACGGCAAUCGAACGGCAGGAAGAUCGGAGAAGUGAUGUUACGGCUGCCGACUGCCAGCGGCUUGCGAUACGUUGCCGGCAGUAUAUCGAAAUGCUGGACGAGAACCGUAUCCAGCCGUACCGAUUUGUGCAGAAGGAGUGUACGUUUCUGUUUUACUUUCAUUACGCUAAGCUGGACGAAUGUCUGCAGCAAAUAUGUCAGCUGUACCGUGCCUCAACGUUACCUUCGUACGAACAGAAUAGUAUGAUAGCUACGAUAGUGUAUUCGCGCCACAGCCGUGUAAGAUUCAAUCCCUAUUGGUUGAACUAUCUUUACGAAAGGACGAUUGGUGAAUUCCAGGUCGAGGAAAUCAAUCCGCUUAUUGUGAAUCCCGGUCGUUUGCUGGUCACAAACACGUUCAUCUACUUGCAGUACUAUAACAACAUCAACACAAAUCCAGUACUCAAAGUUGGUAUAAAGCAUAUAACCGGUCUCUCCAAACAUCGCUACCUAUUGCGCCAAAUUGGGCUAAAGAUCCGAUGGAACGAAAAGCAAUCGACCGAUACAACAGAACAGUGCCUUUAUCUAGUGUUUCGCAAUCAAACGGAUCGUGACGAAUGCUGGAGAAACAUUAGCGACCAACCAGACUAUGCCGCCCCGGAACAAAGCCCCGAAAGCAUGACCUUAAAAUGGCAAAACGGGCUCGUCACAAACUACGACUAUUUGCUUUACCUCAACAGUCUCGCCGACCGUUCGUUUCAGGACUUAACACAGUAUCCGGUGUUUCCCUGGAUACUAACCGAUUACACGUCGGACGAGCUUCAUCUGAACGAUCCGACCGUCUACCGUGACCUUAGCAAACCGGUCGGUGCCCUAAAUCCGGACCGUUUGGCCCGGCUGCGGACACGGUUCGAUGAGGCAGAUGAGCCAAAGUUUCUGUACGGUUCGCACUAUUCAACGCCCGGUUUCGUGCUGUACUAUCUGGUUCGCAAACACCCGGAACUGAUGCUUUGCCUGCAGAACGGCAAAUUUGACCAUCCGGAUCGUAUGUUUAACAGCGUGGCGGACGCAUUCCACAACUGUCUGCACAAUAUGUCCGACUUUAAAGAGUUGAUACCGGAAUUUUACGACACCACCCAGCAGGGCGACUUUCUGCUGAACGGGCUGAAGAUAGACUUUGGAGCACGGUUCGACGGGACGCCGGUUGGCAAUGUGGCGCUACCACCUUGGGCACUGAACUCACCGGAACGGUUCGUCCGUUUGCUGCGGGAAGCACUCGAAUCGGAUCACGUGUCGGCCCGAUUACAUCACUGGAUUGAUCUUAUCUUCGGCUACAAACAGCAGGGUAAAGCUGCGCUCGACGCGGACAAUGUGUUUUAUCAUCUGUGCUACGAAGGUUCGGUCGAUUUGGGUUCCAUCAAUGAUCUAGCCGCACGGCACGCAAUCGAGGUGCAAAUAUCCGAAUUUGGCCAAAUACCGAAGCAAUUGUUUCGUACCGCGCACGUGUCGAAGCUGCUAGCAAUACCGCCAUCGGUCUGGACGAGCACCCAGAUGGUGCUGCGCAAGGAGGCCGAAUAUCACUCGCACAAGGACAUCAUCACGGCCGCUGCAGUGGAUCGGGCGGCUGGGAACAUCUUCACCACCAGCAAGGACGGCACGAUGACGUGCUACAGUACGAGCGAGAAGCGAAAAAUUCGCAGCGUACAGCUGAGCGAUCUGCCCAUCAGCUCGGUACAAAUUGCGGACGACCGGUCGAUCAUCAUGGGCGGCUGGGACGAUACGAUUUUAAUAUAUAAUUUUGACUUCGGCAAGAUUACAAGCACCAUACGGGCGCACGAUGACGCCGUUUCUUGCAUUUCCUACGUGCCGUCUUAUGGAUUGCUUGUGUCCGGCAGCUGGGACUGCAGCUUGAAGAUUUGGAACAAUUAUAGCAACGAUUCGGUGAUCGGGUACCACGUGCUGGACGAAAAGAUCGUUUCCAUCGACACGUAUGCCGGCUCUCGGUACAUUCACGUAGCUGUCGGGUUGCAAAACGGUGAGCUACUGCUGUACAAGCUCGAUUCCCGAACGCUCAACAAACCGACCUCGUACACCCGGGACAAUCACACGCUGCUGCAAACGCAUCGCGGUGCGGUGUGUGAGGUUAAGUUUAACGAUAAAGGUACGCUGGUUGCGUCUUGCGGCGAGGAUCGGGCCAUAUACGUAACGGAUGCUGACAGUAGCAUGACCAUCUGCCGGAAGGAGCUGAACGAGAUUGUUCGGUGUUUGUGCUGGACGCCGGACGGAAAGUAUUUGCUAAUGGGCGACCGGACCGGGCUGCUGCACGUUUGGAACAUGCUGCAGGGUGUGUUGGAGUGUGAAGUGAACAUCCAUAGUGCAUCCGUGUAUCGUGUCGUGUGCAUCGAUGAGAAACGUAUAAUAAGUUGUGGUAAGGAUGACAAUAAUUAUUGCAUCAAGCUGUGGGCGGUUGCAACGUAACAAAUAUGUGAUACUUAUAC